AUGGCGGUUGGGGAUGGAGGAGUUGACGAAGCUGUUGAACAGCUGAUUAAUACUGCUUCUGCCUUAGGGAGUACCACUAUUGACCUCAGCAAUAAAAGAUUAACACACUUUCCUGCAGAAGUACUUAAUCUACAUCAAUUAGAGGUAUUUUUGAUAUCGUUUUAGACUAACUUUUUCGCGCGUCUCGAUAUCGAUUUUUACAGUUUCUUGAACAGUUUGUAUUGACCUUUUCGAGUUGAUUCGCUAACACCUUUGAAUGGUAUCGAAUCAAAUAAUAGCGUUUGUUUCUGUUGGUGAUAUGAAUUGUUAAUAGGAGAUUUCUUUUCUCCACUCUCUCCAGUUCUUGUAUUUAGAGGGAAACGCAAUCAGCUCCUUGCCAGAAGAGUUGUUUGAUUGCUUGCCAUACUUGAGAUGGCUCGAUUUGAGGAACAACCGGAUAACGGAUAUUCCUCCCAUAAUUGGAAAACACAGGUUUGAUAGAGAGUUCGAUUAUAGUUACUCAUUGUUUUUAUGCCUAAAUGCCCAACAGCCGGGCAAGAUCUUAAUAGAGAUUAUUAAGAAAUUGAAUUUUCAUAGAAUUUUCCCCGGAAACGAUCUUUCAAACCUAUCAUAUGUUUGUUUAGAAAUGUCAGGCAAUUCCAAAACUUAUCUUUAUUAUAAUUUCAUGUUUUAGACGAUUAUUCCGAGCUUGUGGAUCGCUAGGUUUUUUACUCUUAAACAACAUUUCUGACAAAGCGAUUUUAAGGUAUGCACAAGCUCGCAAAAUAUUCGUCUGGGCUAUAAGUCUAGGUAACAACAUAAUUUCGAGUGCAAUUUGAUGUUAAUAAGCACAUUCGAGUAAAUUUUUCAAAGAAAUCAAAAUUGCACGAGUUUGUGGGGUGAGUGCAAUUUGUAGUCUUUGAAAAAUUUACAACUAUUUAAAAUUUUGUAGUCUUUGAGAAAAUUACAACUAUCCAGCACAGCUUAGCAGUAUUGCCCAUGACAUUCUUAUGGCACUGCUUGCAAAACUCAAGAUCAAACUUUAAGAGUUGCCUAAAACUCUGAAUUUAUACCAAAAUUAGCGAGCGACCUUGGUGGCAGGUUUACUGUUGUCAACUUGGUGGUGGUGAGAUUGCCUUGGUGGUGAGCUUGCAAUGAUGUGACAGUCUGUCUGGUGGUGGAGAUGAUUGUAAUGUAAUAGAAAAAGUGAUUCUUUGAGUUUCUUUAUUAUUACAUGCAUAACAGCAAGACAACUGUCUUCAAAAAUGACAUAAGUUUUUACCAACUGAUGGACCAUCAAUUUAUAACUAACUGAUAUGUUACACAAGCUUAUUGAUUUCACUUAUAAAUUGAAUUGUGUUCAGUCUUGUUAUUUUUCCUCAACAGAAAUUUGAGAAAUUUACUAUUGGAAGGAAACACUAUAGAAUCACUACCACUAGAGCUAGGUGAGAACAAAACAUGUAUACAAUCUGCUGUGCCUUAACCCUUUACCUCCCAAGAUCUCAUUUGUAAUUCUCCUUACAGUCUGCCAUAUAGUUUGUGUGAUGUUGGUUUGGAGAAUUUGGUAUUGGAUCAACUAAUAAUCCCCUAAUUAAGAUUUGUCUUCACUCUCAUUACUUGUCUGCUUGAUAGUAUUUCGAUAUUGUAAGGAAAAAUUAUAUCUUGGUCACUCCUGGGAGUUAAAGGGUUAAAUAUACUUUCUCGGAUGUGUAAGAUAAAGGUACAACCGUGAUAGAGAGGUUUUUGAUGGAGUGUCAUAAAACCAAAACCAGUGUAAACACAAUGGCCAAUUAGAAGAAAUGACAAUACCUUAACCCUUUAACUCCCAGAUCAAAUUUGUAAUUCCCCUUACUGUCAACCAUACAAUUAUUAUAAUGUUAGUUCAGAGAAUUUAGUAUUGGAUCAACUAAUCAUCCCCAAAUUGAUAGUUUCUUUUAUUCUCAUGACUUAUCUGGUUGAUAUUGUAUUGAUAUUGUAAGGAGAAAUUCUGUCUUGAUCACUCAUGGGAGUUAAAGGGUUAAAGGGCCAAUGAGAGCUCAGAGUACACCUGACCAAACUGCCUCAAGUGCGGGAUUGGUUUCAGUUUUGCAUCUGAUUGGUUGAGAGAAUGGCAAAAGUUUCUGAAGAAAGAGAACAGUUGAGAGAAUGUGCAUAAUGAUGGUUAGCGCCUGUUAUUUAUACCUUCUUUUCAACAAAAUUAAGAACCUUCUUAAUUUUUGCUGUUUUUAGGCUUAGUAAAGAGUUUAUCAGGACUCAACAUUUCUAGCAAUCCACUUGAAUUUCCUCCAGCAUUUAUUGUGGAAAAAGGAACUCAGGUAAUUUGUUUCAGUGCAAUGGGUUAGUUGCUUUCCUGUGGAUAAGUAUGUACAAAACAUACUGUGGUAUCUACUGGGUGGAGAUUUAUCCAGUGGAUGUUGUUGUUUGCCCUUUGAACAACCCAAGCCUGGAAGAUAGUGUUAAAUUAAAUUUUCAGAUUAAAGUUACAGGAAGGCAACUCUAAAUAAGUACACUUGGUACUACAGUAGUUAGCACUUACUUUGUUGGAUUAGAGAAAGAGCAGUGAGAGGUACAAUGUAGAUGUAUAAUCUGGCUGGAGAGAAAUAAAAUAAUUAAAAAAGAAAUCAAAAUAAUUUAGAGAUUUGUAUCCUGAGUUAUCACAAAGGCAAGUGAAAAAGAAUACAAAAAAUACUAUUUGUUACCCUUUAAAUUUACAGAAAUUAUCACCAUAGCUAUAAUGACAUACACAUAAUCUUUUUUUUUUCACGUCCUAGUACUGUUAGGCAAAACAUUGUAGGAGUGUUCUUUAAGCAUAGCAUAAAAACCAAAUUUUCAAACCAGAGGAGCAAUUCUUUUACCAGAUGAAUUUUUCAAGAAUUCUAAGGGAUUUCAAGCCAUAAUGAGAGGUGCUACAGGUGUUAAAUUUUACAGGUUGCCACCUGAAAAGGUGAACACUGCAGAAUCAUGAUAAAAGUUGAUGUAUAAAAAUUGUUCUCACUGACUUAUAUUUCUUAGUGUUUAAAACAGCUUAUGUCACACUUAAAAUAGUAUGUUGUCAAUGUAAUUGUUUAAUAAAUAAAUUAUAUUUUCCUGUAGGAAGUACUCAAGUUUCUCAGAGAACAGUACAUGUUACAACUGCAAGAAAGAGGUGCAGUCCUUGUAGAAGGUAACUACAAGCUCUCAGUGAAAAAUGGCUGAAAUUGUAAAAAUCCUGUACACAAGUACAUAUAUUUUUAAAUCAAUUUUAAUGCUUUCCCAUUUCAAGGAGUAACCAAGAAGUUGAACUAACUUCCUUCUUUUUACUCUGCAUUUUGAGCAGUUUUUACCUAGAUCAGCAUGAUUCUUAGUGGGUUGGGAAUUGUUUAUGUUAAAGAGAUAUCUCUAAUUUUGGUGGAAAUUCCAAGAAUUCACAGGUUAUUUUCUCUACUGUGUACUUAUGGUUUAAAUUAUCUUCAAAAACUUUGGAAAUGGGUGAUUGUGUUGUGAACUAUCUGGAAGUUGCCAUGAAUAUUACAUGCAGGAAUAAUUGUGUUUUAUGAGGGACUGAGUGAGUGACGACUUCUAAGGCACAGAUUAUUAUUUCUUAAGUCAUGUACCAAAUAUUGUUACAUUUAUUUAUUAUAAUUUUUAUAUUAUAAAGUUUUGCAUUUGUCUGUCAGAGCACCCAGAAUCCUCUUCAAGUGAGGAGUUGCUAUUUGCUACAACACGAGAUGGUGAAAUCACAAGUAAGUUUGGAUACCUUGUUUACAUUCUGAUACUGUUUUAUGAAUUACAGUUCUGAAACAUCUUGAACUUUGGGAUAAGGACAGAUUUUUCUUGAAAAAACUACAAGAAAAUUUAAAUAUUACAAACUCCUUAACCAUAGAGCCUGAAUAGAUGUAAGAAUUAAGACCAUGCUCUAAACAUUCAGCCAAAUAUUUUCCCAUGUUGCCUGACCAAACUCAGUCAUUAAGUAUUUAUCAAAUUACAACUAAGUCUUUAAAUUUGGAAAUAACAUUUGUGCCUAAAUAAGGCACAAUUAUAAUACAUUGUAAAGGCGUGUUUUGACAACUGCUUUAUUUCUGCAAGUCAAAGUAAGAAACUCACAAUUCAUCGAAAAGUUCACCUAGUUUUAUUUUAAGUUUAAGUGCCCCAUUAGAAUUCAUUGUUCUCUAGAAAUGCAACAGAGCCGUACAAGUGCGGGGCCGCAUGCCUUUUUUAGGACUGGCUCAAGUCAGCUUUCACUUUGGCUUUCUUUAGGAUUAGGCAGUGAGGCUACACUAGUCAAAUGAUAAUCUGCAUGUUAUUUUGGUGAAAAAGUUUCAAAAUGAUAGUGGUUCCUUUAAGAUGUGGUUUUCUUUUACGACAUUGAGAAAAGGGAUGAUUUAAUUACAGUACAAUUCUGAUAAUGAUAUACAUGUACAUGUGAUUACAAUGAUUAAUGGAAAUGUAUUGAAAUAUAAUGACUGUAAUCUGAAGCCAGAAGUAUUGUUAAUGAUGAGAAUAAUAAAAAUAUCUUAAAGAAAACAUAGGUAAAGAUAUUUGUCACUCAUAAAAGAUUAAAAUAAACCUUAAUUUGUCGUGUUUGUAACAUUCCUCCAGACACUGAGAACAAGUAGACUAAGUAAACAUCGCCAUUUAGAGUGCAUUUCAAUUAAUUGUCUUAAAACCAAAGCCAAAAUAAUCCAAUCCCCUAAUCAGAGGUAAGGGAAAUAAAGCGCUUUUAAUUUGAGUGUCGUAAAACCGAAUCCAAAGUUAUUGGAACAGACAGUCAGAUCAAGGGGAAAAUUAUCACAAGUAGCCAAUGAGAGGGCAGAGUAAAAUCGAGUAAACUGCGUAAAAAAGCGCGGGAAGACGCUAGUGACCAAGAUGCGAUUGGUUUUAGUUUUGCAUCUGAUUGGUUGAGAGAGUGGUGCGAGUUUUCUGGACCAAUCAACGACAAAGGACAAUAAUUGUAAUCCCAGAUUACUUUCAAUGUAGUUACAUGCUGUCUUCCAUGUAAGUUGUCUCAGUUGAGAGGUGAGACAUGCAAAUUUAAAAGUGGAUAUCACUCCAUUUAUGGAUAGAUUUACAGUGUUCCUCGAUCAAAAUAACUUCUGUUUUAAUGCGUUUGGCUUGGGCAAAAUGUCGUGCGAUGGAUCCAAAAAGAAGCGAAAUUGGAAUGUUAACCUUUUUUCCAAAAUAUCGUGCUAGAUUUUGAGCAGAAUGUCUGAAAAGUUACUGAUAUCCACUUUUAAAUCUGCGUUUCAGGGGAAAGAGAGCACGUGGAUCAAGUUGAAAACGAGAGAAACAUAAAAGCGGAUAGAACUUUCAAGCUUCCUCCGAUAAUCCAAGCGGCAGCAGCGAGACCGAAAAAUCGCUCGGUUGACGAGUCGGAAGAAAACUUGCUUAGAGGACAAAAAGCUCGGAAAUUUGAACAGGAAAAACCAACGCGAAUUUUCGAGCAAAAGUCCCCAGUGAGGACGGUGAAGCCCGAAGCAAGAUCACCGAGGAAAGAUGUUUCUUCUUAUGGUCCAGAGAGGAAGGACGGGAAAGUUCAGUUGAAACCAUUGGAGGGAAAACGGCGAACGGGUGAAAAAUCAGAUAACUACGUGGAAAAUUCGAACAGUAGUUUAGAAUUGGACAAAAAUUUAUACAUUGUGGAUAGCCAUGGCGAUGGAAGAAGAGAAAAACGCGAGAAAGUUAAAACGAAAAGAUUGCCGAAGCCUGAAAUCCCUCAGAAAAGUUUGCCUGUAGUGGGGAGCUCUGUUAGUCACAGCGAUGCAGAUGUGUCGACUUCGCAUCAAGACGCAAGCAAUGUGAAAGAAACUGCUUCUCUGGAGCUCCAGAAAAACCAACUAACUGUAGAUGAAAAAGCUUCUAAAGAAACUAAAAAACCUAAACAUCCCGAAUAUUCAGGUGCUCAUGGGUUAUAUAGCAAAGGGUCAAAGCCAUUGUCUGUAUUCGAAGGGGACAUGGUUGCUGUCAGAGUGCCAGAAAAGCUUUACAUUAAGGGACAGCCUUGUCUGGGCAAAGUAACAUCAUUAGCAGACCACCAGGGAUUGCUCACGGUACACUAUUUCACGGGUAAUUAUGGAGGCCGAUGGAGACCGAUGAUGAGCAGAACAAGCCCGUAUCUGAGGAAGGUGGCUGCCGAUAAUAUUUUAUGCAAGUUUAAGUUGACUACUGAUGGCCGUAUGUCGCCUAUCACGCAGAAGAAAUUGAAAACUAUUGUUGAUGAUCAAAGAAAUGAAAACAGUGACCCCAACUGAGGCAGAGCUCUGGAAAUGAUCUACCUAGGAACCGAAAAGUUUAUCGGAAAGGAAACAGUGCAACUAGACUCAGAACAACUUCAGCUCGUAGGAGGAGAAAAUCAACGUUCCUAGCCCUUUUUAAUUUUAUUUUGCAUGUAUCUUGAGACUAGCAAUUAUUUAAAACAUCUACUAUGCUUUUGGAUACUAAAAUUACUCUCUAACUUUUAUUUGGGCCCCCAAAAAGGGAUUUUUUUCCUCAACAACAAGUCGGAAAAUUCGAGAGCGAGUUAAGUAAAACAAGGUAUUAACAUUAACAAGAAAGGUAUUUUCACGUUCUCUAGUCAUUUAGGAUUUUUUUGUCUUGAUCAUGAAUGUCUCUCAGAUGUUAACUUUUUUAGAGCUUUGUUUCCCAUAAUCGAUGAACAGCAUCCUUUGAGAAGAUGAAAAUUAUGUGAAACAGUAAAUAGAUAUGAAUUGAGAUUAGUAAUCAUUUAGAAUAUCUACAAUGCUUUUAGGGUACUUAACAACUCCUCUGGGUAAGAUUUUUGCCCCAAGAAAAGGGAUUUUUUUUGUUGUUUUAUUUUCUCGACUACAAGUCGUUAAAUUCAAUAGCGACCAGAGGAAAAUAAGGUAACGAAAUGAAUAAAAAAAGGUAUUUUCAAGUCCUCUAGCUACUAAGGGACUUUUAUUUUAACCAUGAAUGUCUCAAAUGAUAACCCUUAGUUUUGUUUCCAGUGAUAGAGUAAUAGUAUCUCUGGAGCAUAUUAAAAUGAUGCCUAACAAUUAAUACUAAACAUAACAAAAAUUGAAAAUUAAGAAAGAGCUACAUUUUUCUAAUAAUUAGUUUCAGUUAUCAUGCAUAGUGCCCACAGCUCUACAUACCUUAAAUCAGUAAUACAUACAUAUUUUUAUAAUGAUAAACUCAAAGUAUACCUUUAUAUCAAAAUGUAUAGUCAUUAGUCUUUGAAAAAAGCGUGUAAUUAAAGCUGUUAUCGCUAGAUGUAUAUGUAGUAGUAUUUUGAUAGAGAAUAAUGCUAACCUUAGUGAACUUCAUAAUUAUAUCACGGUGUGCUUGAUUGGCACAGUGUCUGUUUUUGUUCAGCUAAACGUGCAUUUCUGAAUGUGAAGUCACAGUACACGACAGGGAAUUUAAAUGAUGAUUUGAUUUUAUCGGCUGAGUUGAUAAUGUAUAUUGGCCACCGUAAAGAGUUUCUAAAACCGACGUUUCGAGAGAAAAGUGCUAACGAUCUUGUUAUACUCCGAAAGACACAGCACACCUCUCUUAGGGAAUGUAUUUGGUUGUUACUUGACAAGUUUAUACGCCUUCUGUUUAGUGUCCAGAACACGAUCUUUCUACAAACUCUCUUUGUUUAGACCAUGCGCACUUUGUUUUUGGGGAGGUUGGGCGAGAUCGCGAAUAACACGCAGACAGGGAGAGCAGACACGCGCCAGUAAGCUCUCUCUGUCUUUAGCGUGCCUGUCUAAACAAGGGACCAUUAUUUAUCGCCCGGGGACUGGAAGAUUUUGGUUGUCCCCCUCCCCUCCCCCGUCAUUGGCAGUUAAAUGGCAAUCGAUUUUCUAUGGUCCUCACUGGAUACUCAGUUGACGACGAUUUAUGUAAUCCCCUGUAAUUUCCUCAAAUGUCCUCCACCACCCGCUCUCAGUCGAUAAAUAUUGACUGUUCCCUAAUUACUCGCACUUUCCGGUGUAAACAUUCGCGCGAGGUCGAGUCGUGUUGGACAAACCUCAUCCUAGCAUUUCCGUCUCGGCCAAACCUGGACCCUACAGUGAGUUUUGAUGGUGAUUCUUUCCGGUCAAUUUUAAUCUAGGUAAGAAGAAUGCCUCAUCAAGCCGCCGGAGAAGAAGUAAAACAGAUUCGAAGCAGCUUCCAGGACUCAUAAACACGCCGGUAACAUUCCACCCCCCUCCGUCGCGGUCAGACGUUUUACGGCGAGAAUAUGACAGGCAAAGGAUGGAACUGCAAUCAAGCAGCGGACAAACGGUGGAUAUCCGAAGCAGGGAACUGACAGGGUCCGGUAAAAAUGCAUCUAGGCUAAAGAAAAGCAGUCCUAAAUCGGAGAGGUAUGGCCUGACCUGUAAAUGAAAACUGAUCAACGUCAGUAAGCAACUGCGCACAUACCACCAGAGGCGUCCCAAGCUCACGUCUCGAGAAAAAGCAAACGAUUAAUUCAUGAAAGCGUCUCGCGGUGUGUGACGCGGUGUUAAGUUACGCAAGGAACCACAGGCAGCCCAAGCUCCAGCUGUGAGAAGAUCAUCUUGCACAAUAACAGUCAUGACAGAAAUAUAAGAGUUUAUAUGAGAAUAUUUACGACCACUCAUCUCACAGCUGGAGCUUAGGUCGCUUGUGAAGGAACCGUUGAGAAUUUGAACGCGCUCCAAGAAAUAGUACGGGGAAUGAAAUAUGGUCGACUGACAACGCUAAAUAUUCCGAAAUAUGAACAUUUUACACGCAAGAUUAAUAGAACGUAAUCAAUCCUUGUGUGUCCGUUGUGGUUUCUGGUGUUUAGGCGUUUUGGUGUUUUGUGUUUUGCCGUUUUGGGCUUGCUUUGCCAUCACUGUUAUUCCUAUUAUAUGACGGAGUCAAGCUUGACUCUGUCUUGUAACAGGAAUAACAGUGGAUUCAUUCCAUAUCUGUGGAAAUUUCCUUGAGUUUCGUGAAUGUACGUUUUUCCAGUCGAGCUUCAAUUACUCUCUCCUUUCCCCUUUCUCCCUCUUCUCUGUGUUUACACGCGACGCAUGUGAUCUCUAAUCUCUAUAAUCAGCCAAUCAUGUUCAGAGCCUAGUACUUGACAACGACGGUGGAGUUAAGCGUUAGUUUUGAGCUCUAUGUUGUUUUCGGUUUGUUGCGUUUUUUUUUUUGUUUAGAGUUAAGACUUCUUAAAGGUUUGAUUUACGACAAAAUUUUGUAUAUUGGUUGUUAAAUUUAAUUACACCUUUAUUGACAAAGAUUUUGGAAAACGAUAUGUUUUUAUCGAUAAAUUAGCCUUGCUUGUCGUAAGGGUGUUACUACAGAAAGAUUUAAUAUGGCCCGCAACAUGUUUUCUUCAACCAGAAUGUCUCAGUUGUCAAAGUCAUUGAGGUGCUAACUUAGCUUUACUAAAUUUAAGUUCCAGAACAGCUCGGUUCCAGUACGACGCCAACGCGACUCCAACAUUCCCAGAUUACGAAGCUCGGUUGGCUGAGCAGCAAGAAAUGGCGAUUUUAGCUGUGAUGAAUGAAAAAGAAGCCUUGAUUUUGCAGAAAAGGAAGUAAGUUCGUGCUAUUGAAAAUAAUUAGCAGAAUUAGAUGUUUCUUAUUAAUAGUUUGAUCGAUACAACAUCAUUGUAGUUUAGUAACAGUUUGCGACUAUGGCCCUUGCCCAGCCCGGAUGAUUAACAUGUUGAAAAAUAUGUUCAAAGGAUGUGGUUAGAGCAUUUUUCAAUAGGUGUCGUGCAAUAGCAUGUAACUGGCAUCAGCUGGCUUUUCAGGUUGUUUUAUUGUUAUGUGGUAUGAUGGUUAAAUGCUAUUGGUGUGUUUUUGGGGGUUCUCAUUGGUUCAUUUCGAACCUUGUUUUUAAUCGGUGGCGUCGGUGUUGUUCCUACAGAGAUCCCCUCGGUCACUGAUCGGCUGUAGUUAUGUUUUAAAAAGUAUACCAACCUGGUAUCAGUUACCAUGUCUGACAAUUCAAGUCACUCUUGUUAGUUUUUUAAAUUGUUUUCUGAAUGAUUUCAGAACGCAAAGGCAUCAUGAUAGAAAAAAUCUCUUUGAACUUAAAUUUGUUUGAAAAUUCUCUCCCUUUUUGCUGUAGGGAUAAAAAGGCCCUAGAUGACUGGCGGGAAAAGACUAAACUCCUUCGUCAACAAAAGCAGAGGCUUUCCGCCGUAAAGGGCUCUUCAACGGGUAAGGUUCCUAACAAUUUCCACCAAUUCGUUUGUCUCUGAAUUACUUAGACGCAACAAAAAAAAAAAAUGUACCUAGUGCUUGCAGUAUGCUGAAGGCUCUCAACCAUGAUAUAAACUUUACGUGAGAUGUUGUUACUCAGGUACGAGUUCAUUGAAGCUUAGUUGUUAGAACAUCAAACUGCGAAAUCGUAUGGUGCAGAAUACUUCUGUUAGGAACAAUCACUUAGCGUAAUGUAAAUCUAGACUUGUUUCGGCACUCAAUCAAAAACUUCUUUAUCGCUGGUUGUGUUUUGUUUCAUUAUAGUUGAAGUAAAAGCACCGUAUGGAACCGAAAAAUCUGCCAAGGAAGAUGAAAAGGUAGGGUGGUAUUAUGAAGCGUUUCGCUCCUGUAAUGGUGUUUUCCAUCAGUAGAAGUUGGAAGUUAACAUGAAUUCAGUAGACAUUAAACUGAGCUGUGGACUAAACUAUAGUCAGGAGAUUUCGUAACCAUGUCUUGGUCUUUAAAACGACAGAUAUUCAGGGGCGUGCUGAGAGAUGCAAAGUAUAAUGCUAUGCUUCUUUCGUGACUUGUGAGAGGUUGUGAUCUUGUGGUAGGCGAGCGAUGUUCUGUCACGUAGAUUCGACGGUAUAUGUGCUCAUAUUCUCAAGAGAGAUUCAGGUUCCUGGUGGUUAGUGUGAUAGACUCGUGAUUGAAAGGUUUGGCAUCGGGUCCUGACCCAGUCAUUGCGCCGUGUUUGUAGGCAAAGUAGUUCAUUCUUACGGUGUAUUUCUUCCCUCUGGGGUAUAUAUAGUCUUGUUGAAUACCCAGGGAAAUAUGAUGAAAUUCUAGGAAGGGGAGGAGUGAGAAGGGGAAUCCUGUGAUGACCUUGAAUUGGAUUAGCAAUACUCCCUGUCGACUCAUGCUACGAAAUUCAGCAGCAAUGGAAACUAGGUUCGUACCUCUUGAAGGACAGCUUCGAUCUCUUCAUAACUUGUGUCCACACAGUUUAUGAAAGGCAAACAAUUGUAAAAGCAGGGAAAUGUUAAGCGCCCUUCUUAAUAAAAGAUUUAAGGGCAUGAGAUUAAUAGAUAACAUUAAAUUUUGUUUCUAGUCUCCUCACGGCUACGCGAAGAAACUAAAGGAACUAUUGGAGGAAAAGGAUGGCAAAGGAGCGGCCAGAAGGUGGUGUACUUAAAAUUGUACAUAGGAGCUUAAAAUCUGGGGUUGAACUUGAAAACUAGAACAAGCAAUAAAAUCUUUGAUCCUAAACCUGUCUUCUAUGAAGUUUCAACAGCUGAAAUUGUGGACGAGACGUAACUUAAAUACUUGGAGCUAAGUUGAAAUUUGUGCUCUGAUUUGAAGACUAGUAUGAAAUGUUCUCGUAUUUUAAGUAAAUAUGUUGCCGUGAGAUCCUUUUCGUUUACUUUGAGAACUAAAGAGCUUUUUCUUUGGCUUACACCAUGCGUCUUGUAACUAUAUAAUUUACUCGCUGUUAGUGACUUUUGUUUUCUUUUUAUGACACAGGGCGCUUGAAGACCGUGAUUUGGAGAAAAGAAUUAAGGUGCACAUGGAAAAGUUAAAAGUGCACCGAGGCAAAACGUACGGAUCGAUAGAGGAAGAGCUUGAAUCUGCAAGAAAGAACCUAGAAAUGGUAAGUGAAGCUUUAUUUUUUAGGACCAGUGAAGUUUCGAUCAAAAAAGAAACGAAACAGGCACAAGACAAAUGAAUUAUUAAGUUUCUGUUUUAGAACAAUUUUCGAUUGAGUGUCGUAAAACCAAAAUUAUCACAUCUACCAAUCAGAUGAAAGGUAGAUACUCUACAGAGCCAAUAAAAACUUGAAACUAACUACCUGAACCGCGGGAAAACGCGGGUGGCCAAGAUUGGUUUUAGUUUUGCUUCUGAUUGGUUGAGAAAGUGGCGCGAGUUUUCUGGACCAAUCACAUAACGAAAUAAAGCAAAAAGAAAGCAAUUUCGGAUCACUUUCGACACUCAAUUGAAAAUUACAUUAAUCAAGGUAUUUCUCGGAACUGAGCUAAGUACAUAGUUGUUAGCAAACGAAAUGCAAGGAACAUAGAAGUUGUCACAAAUGAGAAAUUCAUCUUUGCACCGGGCUUAAUGCAAUAAUAAAGUGUAAGAAUUAGAACUGUAUUGAAGUUCAUAUUCAAAGAGAACAACCAUCCUUGAAUCAACAAUUACACCAUGUAAAUCUAAAACUAUCCUUUUAAUUCUCACACUUUCAUGCUUUACCUCUUUUCUUGUUGUCACCAUUCAUCAUAAUUAGCAUUGUUCUACUUACAAUAUAAUUCAACUUCCAACGCUUUGUACAGUAAUUAACUGAAGACGACAGAAGUUUCUGUCGAAACAUGUUUUACAGACUCAAAAGUUUUGUCGCUUUCUUUAAAUUCUUGACUUGCCUGCUAAUAUCAAGACCCUGUAUUGAAGUUAAUGUAAAUAUCUUGCUCUAAUUCACUGGAUGCGCCCCUCUCCGUUUGGUGAUCAGGGUGCUUACUCUACCAACCUUAUAACCUCUUAACCAUUUACACCCUAACAUCAGUAUGCAAAUUCUCCAUGCUGUUAUCUUUAUAUUUCCUGUGGUACUUACAAGGAGAAUUUGUCUAACAAUCAAGAACUUUUUGCGUUUGCGAUCAUCUCCUUUAUUCUCAUGACCUUAAUGUUUGAUCCAUGGGUGAUACUGUUUGGAGAAAUUAGAUGCUUAUCACUUUAAGUGGUUAAAGCGUUAAUCAAUUCUCCCUUACUACAGGAAUUUACAUUAAUGUUUUUAGACAAAAAAGUCAGAUUUUUAUCAUUAUUUGUUUGAUGACAGGCUCGUGAGUUUCAGCGUGAAGUCAAAGACAGAAAACAGUUGGAAUAUCGUUUGAGGGCCUUUACUGGAGACGAUGUGUCGUCUAUGACCCGCAACACAAAAGAAAAGACAAAAAAUGCUCCGAAAUAAAGAUGAACUGCUCGGAUAAUGUUAUGUACAUAAGAUUGUGGAGAAUUUUACACAGAGUGGUGUCUGAGUUAUGUUUUAAGAUUAAUAUAUGAUGAACGUUUUCUAUGAUUUAUAGCCGUUGGUUACGAAAGGAAUUUUUUCAGAAUGUGUCAUAUUUAUACUUUUGAAAAUCACAAUACUUUUAGUUUCCUCACCAGUGCUGUUAUUCACUGUACAAAGAAUAAAGAGAUAAAGAUCACC